GCUUCGCCUUCCUCUUCAACAACGAGGUGCUGAGCGACGUGCACUUCCUGGUGGGCAAAGGCCGCGCCGGCGCCCAGCGAAUCCCCGCGCACAGGUUUGUGCUGGCAGUGGGCAGCGCGGUCUUUGAUGCUAUGUUCAACGGUGGAAUGGCCACGACAUCCACGGAGAUUGAGUUACCAGAUGUGGAACCGGCUGCCUUCCUAGCUUUACUGAAGUUUCUUUAUUCAGAUGAAGUUCAAAUCGGGCCAGAGACUGUGAUGACGACUCUUUAUACUGCAAAGAAGUACGCCGUACCUGCCCUCGAAGCUCAUUGCGUGGAGUUCCUGAAGAAGAACCUGCGAGCAGAUAAUGCCUUCAUGCUCUUAACGCAGGCAAGACUCUUUGAUGAGCCCCAGCUGGCAAGCCUUUGCCUGGAAAACAUAGAUAAGAAUACGUCCGACGCCAUCAACGCAGAAGGCUUCACGGAUAUUGACCUGGACACACUGGUGGCCGUGCUGGAGCGCGAUACCCUCGGCAUCCGCGAGGUGCGCCUCUUCAACGCGGUGGUCCGGUGGUCGGAGGCCGAGUGCCAGCGGCAGCAGCUGCAGAUGGUGCCAGAGAACAAGCGGAAAGCCCUGGGCAAAGCUCUGUCGCUCAUCCGCUUCCCCUUGAUGACGAUCGAGGAGUUUGCCGCAGGGCCUGCUCAGUCGGGCAUCCUCACCGACCGCGAAGUGGUCAGCCUCUUCCUCCACUUCACCGUCAAUCCCAAGCCCCGGGUGGAGUUCAUCGACCGGCCCCGCUGCUGCCUGAGGGGGAAGGAGUGCAGCAUCAACCGCUUCCAGCAGGUGGAGAGCCGCUGGGGAUACAGCGGGACCAGCGACCGCAUCAGGUUCACCGUCAACAAGAGGAUAUUCAUCGUUGGAUUCGGGUUGUACGGCUCAAUCCAUGGCCCGACAGAUUAUCAAGUAAAUAUACAGAUCAUUCACACAGACAGCAACACGAUCCUGGGUCAGAACGACACGGGAUUCAGCUGUGACGGGUCCUCCAACACCUUCCGGGUGAUGUUUAAGGAGCCCAUAGAGAUUCUUCCCACCGUCAGCUACAUAGCCUGUGCAACGCUGAAGGGCCCCGAUUCCCACUACGGAACCAAAGGGCUGCGCAAAGUGAUCCACGAAUCGCCGACCACGGGGGCCAAGACUUGCUUUACUUUCUGUUACGCAGCGGGCAACAACAACGGCACCUCCGUGGAGGACGGGCAAAUCCCGGAGAUCAUCUUCUACACCUAGCGGGUGCCACCGGGGGCCGGCCACCAGAUGGGUGCAGCCACUUCUGUUCCUGCGCCCUUUCAGGCUGAACUCUGUGGCGUGCCUUCUGCUGCUCUGGUGCAAGGGCACUGGCCGGAGGACUUUGGGCGGGCGGGGGCUCCAGGGUGGUGUCCCCACAGGCGCUUGCAGAGAGGGCGGUAACUGGCUCUGUGGGCCAGGCCGGCUGGCCGGAGGACCCCUUGCAUUCCACGCCGCUGCUCUCACAGCCUGCUCUUGGAGGGGGGCGGGGGAAGCCCAUUCUUGCAAGAAGUCUGCGCUCGCUAGAAGGAAUCCCCGUGCGCUGCUGUGGGGAUGGUGGGUCCUUGGUGGUCCUUGGGCGAGCAGUGCCAGGGUGCGCUCCUAACGGGCUUGCUGCCAUCCCUGUUCUCCAGCUGCGUGGCCAAACUGGCUGGGAGAGAGAGAAAUUGUAGCCCGGUACCCCUGGAGGACGCCUGGUUGGGAGGCUGGCUUCCCCUCCCAGAGGCAGCUCCGUUGAGUUCCCUGAGCAGUGUUUCAAGACAAUCCUAGACAGGAGUGGGCGGGGGGGGGGGGGCAAGGGGAGGGCAAGAGCCCUGCUGCCACUGCCUUGCUUCUCCCGCAUGGGCAGGUUUGCCAGGCACCCCUAACGGCCGUGGCUGCGUGGUGACCUGCAGCCCCGCACACGCGGCAGUUGUGCGAAGAGCAGUCCCUGGACUGUCGGUGUGCUUUCUGCUGCUAUUAAUAUAGUGCAACUUAACAAUGCAUUUUACUCUCCGGCUGUUUUUCUGGCAUCCUCCUCCUCUAGCAAGCCGUGGCAGCAAUUGGCUUUUCUUUUUUAAACACGGGAUGUACCAAGCUUUAAGCUGCCUUUGCAGAAAUCUAACUCUCAAACGGAGUUUGCUGUGACACUCCCCUCCUCCUCCUUUGGUCCCUGGAUCAAUUUGCCCCUUUUUACAUGGCUUCCCAAAUGAUGGCCCAUACGACUCCUUUGCGGUAGGGCUCCCGGGAGUUCCGGGUGACUCCAGGGCCAUCCACCAUUGGGAAGGCCGACUCUCCCCAAAACCGGAUGUUCUUUUCCCUUUUGCUAACUGUGCUUAGCAGGUUGCAUGACCUCUUGGAACCUGCCAUGCGUUCAAGAGCGCCUCCCUCCCCGCUCUCUGGCACACCGUGCCAAAGUGGGCAAAACUUGCUGUUACAGUGGAAUACUGCUCUCUCCUUCUGGGCGAAAUACCUGUGAUCCAACCAACUGGAAGCAGUGAGACCCAGAUAAGGUGUGAAUGUGCCAGUAUCCUUUCCCCCAUCCCUGUUCCCGUGUACUGAAGGCAGAGGGUGGAUCCCAAUGCCUCAACGGCCAGUUGCGGGUAGCAAAACCAGUUUCUGCUAAUGCUUAUUUGUCAGGUUUCUGCAUCACUUCUGUACUGUAGAAUCGCUUAUCUGCAAACCCGCAUUCUUUCUGCGAGGGCUGGGCCAGCGCCGUCGUUUGCCCAAAGGCGCUUUCCAAAUCCCAAGACUGACAUGGAGAGACCAAGGCAGGCUCUGGCUUUUCUAGGUACUGUUCCCCAUCCCCGCAACCUCUCGAACUCGUACCUGAAUCUGCGACGACACGAUCGCAGGUUUGCAGCUGUUGGCGCACACCGUUUCCCGCAGACACUGACCAGGAGCACCCCCCACGGGCAUCAGCCCUGCCCCGGAACAUCCUUGUCCCUACUGCUGCCAGCGAUGUCUGCCAUCCCUGGAGUGUCUGUGUCCCGCAGUGGAAUCUGGCUGGAAUCCUCACCUAGUUCUGUAAGAUGCCGGAUUUCUUCUAGCAGUCGAGUACUGCUGCUUGUUUGCAGCUGGUGGAAAAUACGUCGCUCCUCGAAAUCCCGGGUGUAGAAUGCCUUCAUCCUUGUGCUAGCUGGCCCCUGUGCACCGAUGGGCUGGAAACGGGCAUCCCUGGGGGGGGGGGGGGGUGUAGAUGCGCUGGAGUGUCUCAGAAAGGCCAGUAUGAACCGGGUCCAUUUUCUUCAGUUACCAGCUCCCCAUCUAUGCAAGGGGACCACUGGCGUGUCGUCAGUGCUUAUCAAAAAGCGGCAUACCAACUCGUUGGUUUUGUGCACUUCCCAGACCAAAGGGAAUCCUUCCAUUUCCCCCUUCACUGCCUCCACCUCACCCACACCUUUUAAUAAGAGAAAUUUUCUGAACUUCCCGUUUCCUUGUAUAGAGAUGGGAAUCACAGUGUAGAUUCCAAGUUUGGUUGUUUGCUUCAAGGGAAAAGCCGCCCUGAAACAGCCCUGCUUUUGGCGAUCUCACAUCAAUUCUGGUUCUAUCAUGGCAGUGGUGCUUACUUGGGGGUGGGGGGGGUGAUGCUCGAGGCAACUGUGACCAACUUAAAAGAACUCAGCCCAGUUGAAGUGCCAAAUCUGGUGCUUCGAUUCACAGGCCGCCACAGCUGUCCCCACCUUUCUGACCAGGUAGAUCAGAAACCUCUGAUCCGGGGCACAGGUAGGCAGCUCCAGGGCUCUCACGCCAGGCUCGAGGGUUGAAGAACGUUUCUGAUGCUUUAUUCAGUGUUUUAUCACAUUCUGUGCUUUUUUGAUUUGUAAAUAAAUUAAUAAAGGCAGCCAGAUUGUC